AUGGGGAUGAAGGCGAAAAAGUCCAUGAUGAAGAAAGUCAAAAAGGGUUCUACCGAGUUGACGGCGUCAGUCCGUAAGGACGAAGCUGCUGAUUUCCUGCCAUUAGAGGGUGGUCCAGCACGAAAACUGCCAAUCACUGAAAACUCAGAUAAUAAAGCUACGGUAUUGUAUAUUGGAAGAAUCCCUCACGGGUUUUACGAGAAUGAAAUGGAAGCUUUCUUCAAACAGUUUGGUGAAAUCAGGAAAAUUAGGAUAGCAAGGAACAAGAAGACAGGAAAAUCCAAGCAUUUUGGGUUCCUUCAGUUUGCAUCUCCCGAGGUUGCAAAGAUUGUUGCUGAAACAAUGCACAAUUACCUCUUGUAUGAGCAUUUGUUGCAAGUACAGCUCAUCCCUCCAGAACGUGUUCAUCCUAAACUGUGGAAAGGUGUUAACCGUUAUUACAAACCCUCUGACUGGAUUCAAAUUGAACGGAAACGCCAGAACAAGGAAAAGACAUUUGAAGAGCACAAGAAAUUGGUAGAUGGAAUCUUGAAAAGGGAGCAGAAAAGGCGGAGGAAGAUUGAGGCUGCUGGGAUUGAUUAUGUGUGCCCUGAAUUUGUGGGAAGUGAAGUGUCAGCACCCAAGAAGAUCAGGUUUGAAGACUAGAGCAAAGUAUAGCUUUUAUGACCUACAUUACAUACACUCUAGUUGUUUUGGGGUGUAGUCUAAAUUUUGUAAUUGCAUAUGUUGGUUGUUUUGCUCAUUAGAAAGUUUUAUGUUUGAUAAAAAGAUUUGAUGUUACCAUCGUUGAAAUUUUAUUCUAGUUAUAAAUGUUGGAUGAAGAUUGAACUAGAAUGGAAUGGCUUAAUUUUAUCGAAUAUG